AUGUCGGAGAAUAAGGUGCAUUUUCGGCACAUUUUGCUUUAUUACUUCAAGAAAGGCAAGCGAGCUGCGGAGGCCCACCGAAAGAUAUGCAGCGUAUACGGGGACGAUGCCUUAACAAAACGUGCCGCUCAGAAAUGGUUUGCCAAAUUUCGUUCCGGAGAUACGAGUCUUGAAGAUGGACCCCGCAGCGGUCGGCCCACCGAGGUUGAUUCGAAUGAUAUCAAGGCACUGGUUGAGCAAGACCGGACGCUAAAGGUGCGAGAGAUUGCGGAGACACUUAAAAUAGGUUAUGGAACCGUACAAAGGCAUUUGCAACAGCUUGGUUACGUGUCCCGCCUCGAUAUUUGGGUGCCGCAUAAGACCGAGGAGAACCUGGCCAACCGCAUAUCCAUCUGCAAUUCACUUCUGAAGCGGCACGAAAGCGACCCGUUUCUCAAACUAUUUUUCUCAAAAUAG